UCAUCUCUGAGCCGGAGUCCACCCUCCACCACUGACACAAUGACCCACUCGUGCUGCUCCCCGCGCUGUCAGCCCACCUGCUGCAGGACCACCUGCUGUGAGUCCAGCUGCUGCCAGCCCUGCUGCCCCCCCACAUGCUGUCAAACCACCUGCUGCAGGACCACCUGCUGCAAACCUACCUGUGUGACCAGAUGCUGCCAGCCCACCUGUUGCAGCAAACCCUGCUGUCAGCCCACCUGCUGUGAGUCCAUCUGCUGCCAGCCCUCUUGCCCUCCAAUUUGCUAUCAAACUAGUGAAACCACCUCCUGUAGGACCACUUGCCACAAGCCUACUUGUGUGAGCACCUGCUGUCAGCCCACCUGCUGUGGGUCCAGCAGCUGUGGACAAACCUUCAGUGGGUCCAGCUGCGGCCAGCCUUGCUGCCAGGCGGUGUGCUGUGCCCCUGUGUACUGCCGCAGAAUCUGCUACCACCCCACGUGCUGCUGCCUGCCUGGGUGCCAAGCCCAGGAAUGUGGGUCCAGCUGCUGCCAGCCUUGCAGCCGCCCUGUCUGCUCUCAGACCACCUGCUAUAGGACCACCUCCUGCCACCCCAGCUGUGUGUCCAGCUGCUGCUGAUCUCUUUGCUAAAGAAUCACUGUCUCUCAAACCAACCUUCUCAUUACCUGAUUUGGCAUUCCAGAACAAAUUUUACUUCCAAAUGUUGCUACAGCCAAUGUUCUAUCACCAAAUUGUUGUUAUUAAUCUCCCUGGUUAAAAGGUUGAGAAUCAGCUUGGUAGACUGGGGAGGACUUCCCCUUGAUUCUCUUCCUCCUGUGUAUAUGAGUCAUGUUCCACGUUCCUGCGUCCUUGAUAUGGAGUGAUGGUCUCCACUUUGACUCGGAAAUCAGGAUCUUCAUCUUCCCUCUACAUGUAACUAUGAAGACACAUACUCAUGACUUUCUUCAGUUUCUGCUGCUAUCUUCAUAAUAAUCUUCAUAAUCAAGUUUCUUUUCAAUGUACUCAUGAUUCUCAUAUCCUGCUUUCUUCUUUUUGUAAUCACUUCUAGUGUCUCCCAGAAGCAGGGAAUCUUACCUGAAUUUCUAAAUGACCCUUGUGCCGCUAUUCAUGUCAUAUUGUGCUUUGUGUUCUUACGCAACAUUCAUGAUGUGAGGAUUUACACACAGACGCAUAUGCUAUGAAUUAUUCAUUCUGAGCUCAUACAAUGCCCCACAUUUACUAUUUCUAUUUCGCAUGAGAAAAUGACCAACUUGGUAGAUUGCCUCCAAGUGAACACACUCCUGUCACUCUUACCAGCUUAAGAAAUAGAACUUGCUGUCUUCAAAUUCUCUCACUCAUUCCCAAAUGUAGGCAAGUUCAUGAUUUUUCUAAACUUGAUAUAAAU